AUAGAUAGAUUAUACAUGAUUCUUUGUCAGUUCAUUUAUCUGCAAUGUUUGCAGUUUUGAGUUGUGUUGUUUCAGUUUUGUUUUUGGCGAGCAACUCCGUGGCCAAACUUCCACCUAUAAAAUGUGAUUACAACGCUGAAUUUGACAACUGCUUCAUUAAGUAUCUUCGAAGGAACAUUCCACAUCUGGCAAAACAGGGUAUUCCUGAGGCGAAGAUCCCUCCACUCGAUCCGUUUGAGGCACCAAGUAUGAGACUGAAGUUUAAUUCUGCAAUGGCCAAGGGCAAAAUAGACGUUAAACAUGUCGUCCUCAAAGGAUUGGCUAAUACGAAAAUUUCAAAAUUCCAGACCAACGUCGGGAAGGAAAGUCAAGAUAAGAAACAAAUAGUUCUAGCGGUCCACACAUUCCAUCCUUCUCUAACUCUAGAAGGAAAUUUCGAGAAAUCAAGCUUGAAGGCUAUGGGAUACACUUUAGCAGACGCCGGGAGCUACAAAGUUACUCUGAGAAACGUGAAAGUAAAAUUAUUUGCCCGAGGAAAACUAGUAAAAAAAGGCGCCACUUAUCAACCUGUUCUGGACAUUCUGACAGUUGAACAGCCAGAAGUUGGGCAUUUCCAGUUAGAGGCUAGCGAUGUAAUAAAGAACGAUCCAAAGCUUAGUAAAAGCGUGAUUACAAUGAUCAACUCUUUCUGGGAGAUAUUUUACAAUGAAGUUUUCCCCGCCUUCAAAUCCACAAUUGAAAAGCUUGGCAAGAAGUUCAUCAGCAGCUAUUUAAAGCAAGAAGUAUUAGUGCCGAUCGGUUAUGUAGAGGGGAAAUAAUAAAGC